AGGUCCAGAACAGUUCUUCCCGUAGUUUAUUUUGCCCCCCCAGUAGACUUGAAUAUCCAAUGUAUCGUCGUAGUAUCUACCCAUAUGAAUUACCUCAAGUCGUUGCCUUUUCGUAGCAUUGUGGUCUUUUCGUUUUGCUAAUUUGGCUAUAAAAAACGAAAAUCUAUCGUGCGGUCGCUCGUCUUCGUAGUUCCCCAUGCCUGCCCUUCAUCUAGAACUACUAAAUUUUCCUCUUGGCCUCCGCCGCUGGCUCUUGUAUUAAUUGAGUAAGAACUGUAUCUCUUUCUCUUCAUAUAUCGUGUUGUUCGUCUUUUUUCGCCGCUCCAUAGAUACCCAUCUGCCUCUACCCCGUAGCUACAUGGUAUAAAGUAGUUUUUUUCUGUCGCGUCCGUCGUUUAUUUCAUAAUCGCACGAAAAAUCAAAAUGACGAGUCUUGUUGGCUACCAUCAAUUUUUUAGCACUAAAUACCUUCUCGCGCUUUCUGCAGUUGAGGCGUUUUUUUCCCCCAGCUAACAUGAUUCACCAUGCUUCAUUCGGGAUAGAAAAUUCAAAUUAUACAACCUGAAGCUUGAUUGUUGUGGAUGCCCCGUCCUCCGCAACAGGACCGAGAGUAAAAAAGAAUGUUACCUCCACUGCGGUGCCGGGGCCUGUUGACCGCAAGCAGGAGUUGGCAACAACAAUAAGAAUAACUGAUACCACCCGAACAAAGGAAGUAGAGCAGGUAGACCACGAAAUGGCGAGCAUCAUGAUCCAAGGCAGCUGCACCGAGUACGAGUAGGAGCAGACAAUCACAAUUUGUCCUGAACUAAUAAACAUGAUGAUGCCUGGAGGACAACUUUCCAGGCCGCUGCUUGUCGACCAUGGCGGUGUAGAGGACGAUGUUAAAAACAAGAUGGCUCCUUCACACUCUCGUCCGCAGUCGGGCCACCUGCAGGAGCACAGCACUUCUUCCGCCCGGAGGAACCACCAAGCGGAGGAUGUUGAGCCAGACGACCUCCACCUAAAGCCAUUUGUGAGCAGUUUUUCGUCUGCCAACGAGUUCAGCGCCCUCUUCUCACAAGCCUCGCUCACCCUGCCGAAACAGGCGAUUUUGGAGAAUUUUGUGCACCACAACCCGUGGGACAUGCUGCAGGAAUCCGUGGACUUCUACGACUUCAUGGCCCACCACCGACAUUUCCCGAAGGUCAAGAUUCCGCUGCGAGUGCAGGCCGCGACGGUCGAGCUCGCUUCGGUUUUUUUAGAUCGUGGAGCGAGCAAGUGGAGUUUCGAGGCGUCGAGUAGAAACGCAAAAACUCCAAAUGCAGAUGUACAUGAAGAACAAGUUCUUGCAGCGAUGCACAGAGCGGGUGCAAGGCGGGAUCAUGAGUCAGGAGCCCCUGCUGGUAGUUCUCCUUUCCAGAAGAUGAGAGGACAUCGAGAAGAGCUCGACUUCCUGCAAUUCUUCGCCAUCUUAGAGGCCGAGGAUGUCGAUGGCAGUACAGAGAUAGUAGAAGUAGGUCAUCAUGCUCACCUUCCACCGGGUAAAAGCUCUAAGAUUACGAGGGCCACCAGCAGGACGAGUCAACAUGAGGAAACGCGGCCAGUUCGUACCCCUGGCCGGCUCUCAUCGGUUUCCUCUUUCGGUGCUACACUGUUGAGGCGGGUUGCGAAGCUAACACAAUCGUUCACAAAACCCAGCACGAACUGGAGAAGCUUUGCGGCGCAGAGGGCCAAGGAGGUUCUUUUGGAAUUGCAAGAAGCGGGAAGAACAGAAGCCGCGGUACAAGUAGAAGUAAACGAAUCUGCGACAGCGCCGGCGUCAACAAUAGCCUCGUUAUCAAUAGCCCAGCGAAUCCUGGAGGAAGAUUUCCACUUUUGCUACAACCUCCCUGUCACCGAAGAAAAUCUGCGCGCCUUUCUUUGGGCUUUACCCGGCUACGCGGGCAUGUUCCAACGGAUGGAACGGCACGAAGAAGAGCAGUCUCACUCUCGACGUGGUCUACUUCGUGAAGAUGGAGGUCCUCCUCGUCGUGGCUUGACAUCAUCACCAGAAGCACAAGCAGCUCCCAGACUGCUUCAUUUCGCCGCCGUUUUGUCCACUUUUUUGCGCUCGAGUUUGGAGCAUGACAAGACGCAAAUCGAGAUCGAGUAUACGGGUCCGGAAGAUGAAGCGGAGUCCGACAUGCAAAACCCGUCGGCGGUGGCUUUUUUACAACAAAACAUGGCGCGGCGGGAGGCUUUGGAAACGGAGUACGAAAAGGUCACUUUGCGGUGUAUCUUUGGGACGACGAAUAGUUACUCAGAAAAUGUUGACGGUGAGGACAGCAAGGAGAAGGAAAAACAUGGUGCCGCGCAAAAUAGGGCUCGUCUCGUCGCUGGCGGUAAGACAACUCGUCCUGCGAGGACACUGUUCACGCAAGACAAUCUGCACGAUGUACGGACGCAAUUAAUUCUAAAGCAGGACGAGGAGCUGGCUGGGAAACAGCUGCAUACUAGCGAUCUUCAUGAUCCUCUUUUCUGCGAGGAGGUCGUAGGGCCAAAACAAGCUGCGGCCUCCGGUCCUCGUUCUUACAGGAUGGAGACUGAGGAUUCAUUUUCUGCAAGAAAACUUCUCGCAAACAGGGUGAGAAAGAUCCAGCUCUUCACCUGUAUCGACGAGCGGGAGUGUUCCUUUCGCAGACACGCCGAGCGGGUGGGGCAGGAGUUAUUCUCUUCUAUUACACAUCAACAUGAUCAUGAUGAAGAAGAAGAAUACCAACAAGGGCGCAAUCGUGCAGCUAGACUACAAGAACCAAGAUCAAGAUCUCCAGACGGCGUGGUGGUGGAAACCUUCGGCGUGCCAGGCUUUUUCGAUUUCCCCAUCCGAUACCGACCUUGUUGGGCAACUGGAGGCGGAGAACACGGAAGCGAUGCAACAAGUUCUUGCGGAGGUGUGAUCACCCUUGCGCCGGAGGGUAAUUUACCAAAAUGCGUUUUGGUCGAGGAAGAAGUUCUUGAGGGAGCAGAAGGAAGAAGUUCUUCACUCAUUUCAUCUACUUCGGAUAGUACAAGUUCAAACUCCGGUCCUGGUCCUUCGACAAGUUCAACAAACAUCUCGACGCUCGCCUCCUUGCCGGCUCCUUUGAUGCUUCUACGUGCUGCCGACCAGGUCUUGUCAUCCUUGUUUCCCCGCCUAAGCGCAACUCCUUAUCGCGCGGAGCUCUUUGCGAAGUUUGACUUCUACGUCCACGAGGUUGCCUAUGGGUGUGUCAGGAUCGAAAUCGACAAAAUCGAAAAAUUUGUGAUGCAUAAAAUGUAGGGCACUGGAGGCCUGUAUUGGGGAGCAGGCAAAUGAGACCGGUUGUAAGCCUGCUUAGGGGUAUGCAAUGCGAUGCCAGAGUAGCACGACGGGAGCGAUAUUCUUUGCCCAAACAGCAUGACAGACUGGAUUUGGGUGGUCCCGAAAUUUGUCAUGCGCCGCUUGCAAACUGAGGCUCCAACUGGUAUCGAUUUUAUGCAUCACAAGUUUUUCGAUUUUGUCAAUUUCGAUUCUGACACUUCCAUAUUGCCGGGUUUUGUCCGGUCCGGAGCUUGCUCGUGUCCGCGGUUUUGUUCCCGUUUUUCUUCUUCAACUUGUGCCUGGUGUGCUGCUUCCCGGAUUGGCGGAAAAAGGUCGUGUCGGACUGGUUUUUUCACAAACUAUGACAAUGCACAACUCCCCCUUCCCCUCAUUUGUCAUGCAAAAUACCAAAUCCACCCCUUGCCUCUUGGCACUGUUUGCAUGGCAAGUUCUGGGAGCCCAAAUAGCACUACACUCCAGUGAAAAUUUGUCAUGCAAAACCGGCACUCUUGCUGAUGCUUGUACUGCCGCUCAUGCAAUACAAAUGAGGGGGAGGGGGAGUUGUGCACUCUCAUACAAACUUUUGAAGAUUCCGAACGGGGAGUUUCCGCCGGCGGGAGAUGUGGAUCAUCACGUUGAAGUUGUGGAUCAUCAAGAGGAAAGUGCUGUAUUUCCGAAGAUAAGUGGUAAGAACGUGAACGAGGAGAACUCGCCUUCUACAGUGUCAUCACCAUCACGACUGCCUCCAUCUAUUCUAGCACAACCAGGAUCUGCCAUGCCGAAAACGCGCCUGAAAAGGCCUCUCCCCUACACGAACGAGGAAGCUGCGGUGCGGUUGGCGCGAGUUUUCAACAACAUUGGUGGUGGGAAGAGGAUUUUCGGAGAUGAGGAUGAAGAUCAUGAAGCAGAUACUGUUCUUGCUGCUCCAACAUCUUCACAAGCACCAUCAGCAAAGCAGAAACAGCAAGACAAAAAAUUUCACUUGAUUUUCGUCCUCGGGCACGGGUCUCGCACGGUGAACAACCCCUUCGAUGCUGCCCACAAUUGCGGUGCCUGCGGUGGCCGCGAGGGCGGGCCGAAUGCGCGUUUGUUCUGCUCGUACGCGAACGACAGGGAGGUCCGGGAGAUUCUGCGCAGCAAAUUUCAGAUUUCCAUCCCCGACUCCUGUCUGUUCGUUGGCGGCUACCACGACACGAGCAGUGAUUUUGUGGAGCUGUUCUCGGAAGACCUUUAUUUGCUACUUGACGAAAGUUGUAAGACGGAUGCGGGAGAACGAGAAGUGGAACAACUACGAGACGCCGGGCUGGUGCCGGAUGUUGCUGUACCUUUUGAAGCAGGAGUAGCUUCUGAUCUAGUUCGUAUUACGUCAAUCCAGAGAACAAUCGCCCUCCUGCAAACUCAUUGGCUGCUCGAAACGCGGAGAAGGAAUGCACUGGAGCGCGUCGCGCGUUUCGGCCCGGUAGAGAGCGUGAUUGCGACAAAAGCCGAAGCCCUACAGCACGUCCAACAGCGCGUGGAGGACCUGGGGGAAGCGCGGCCGGAGCUCGGGCACGCAACCAAUGCGGCGAUCGUGAUCGGGCGCUAUGGAUUGCAAAAAUGUCUGGGUCUGGAAGAUUCUUACACUUGUCACGCACUUUUUGCAUGAGCCACGAUGUCUGUGAUCCAGACCCUAGCAAUACUAUACAGAUUUUUUGAGGGCUUCUUGAUGCCUAUUUCGCAUGACAAAUGCAUUCUCAGCGUAGCACAAAUCGCAUUCCCUUUGGUACUCAUGCAAUACAGAUUUUUUUGGAAUCCAGACGCAGCAUCACAAGUUGCAUUCUUCCAGACCCAGACAUUUUUGCAGUUGAUAGGCGCCGGGAGCUGACGAAAGACAAGUUUUUCGCCAGACGGAUUUUAUCCAGGAAAAAACACCCAUCCACAUCCAAUUUGUCAUGCAAAACACGUAUAAGAUCCUGUGUCUGUCAUGCAAAAAAUGGAUGGGGAUGGGUUUUUUUCUGUGGAUAGAUUUUCCUGGUUUCCUACGACCCACAAAACGACGAUGCUCUCGGAACGAAUUUGGAAACGCUACUCACGCCCGCGAUUAUCGUCUGCAGCGGAAUCUCCCUGGAGUACCUGUUCAGCACGACGGACGGGGGCGCGGGCACAAAGGUGCCCAUGAAUUUGGUCGGCAUGUUCGGGGUACAGCAGGGGGUGAGCGGGGAUCUGAUGCCCGGGCUGCCGACGCAGAUGACGGAGUGGCACGUGCCAGUGCGGGCGGUUUACGUCGUGGAUGGGAAGGUAGAGGCGGUGAAGGCGGUGUUGGCGAGAAAACUGAAUUUGAAGAGAAUCAUCGAGAACAACUGGGUGCGGUUUUUCGUGCGGGACUUCGAGACCGGGAAAUUCUACCGGCAGCAGGAAAGAGGGAAAUGGGUCGAAGUAGAGGUUGGAGGUGCUGGGGAGGAGAAAGAGCUAAAUUUGCAGCCCGUCCACGAAGACGUUGUGGAACUACACGGGCAUCAGCAGGAAGAUGGUGUUGGCGGCCAGCACAGCGGCAAUACUUCUAGGCAUAAGCAUACAGGAGCUUCAAUAUUAAACAAUCCGCCCGUGCUGGCCCCGGACUCCUCGGACUUCAUCAAUCGAAAUAAUUCAGAGGUGGAAAACGAAAAGAACUUCAGCAAGGCGGGAAGCGAAAAAAACCUCUCCUCGACAAAACACCUUUUCAAUGUGGACAGCAGCACCGCACUUCUGGAUGACCCGCCGCCCACACUGUCGACGGUGUCCACGGCGGACACUCUGAUUGGGAACGGAGGAGGCGGGAACUACACUAGCACCGCACAAGGAGCUCCUCUCGUCGUGGUGGAACUAGCGACACCGCUGCACAAAAAGCUGGCGGAUGUGGAAGAAGUUGAGGUUGUAGCUGCUGAUGUAGUACUACUACAAGAAGGUGGACUUCCAACGUUCAAGAACCGAAUCGCGAGAACCCUGACCUACGUGCCAGCAUCGGAGCAGAUCCAAUAUGUCCGCACGUUGGUACAUGGCGAACGGACUGCGUUCCUUGCGUCUCUGUUAGUCGGACUUUGUAGUACAGCGUUUGGAUUCAUCUACAAGGCGGCCGGUAAUAGUUUUCUUGGUUCAGACGUUGAGUCGACGUCUCCCAUGGAAAAGAUCGCAGCAGGGCAGAAUGCGGCGGCGCCAGCACGGGAAAAUCAAGCGGUUCCGGUUGCAACCAGUGCCAGAAGUAGUGCCAAAAUGUUUUUGACAGACACGGCAUCUGGUGCUUCAACGAGCACUAGUAGCGACUCCACUAUCUUCUUCUUCAAAGACCUCGUCUACCUCGGUUUCAACCUGCUCGGGAUUUUCACGAUCUGCUUUUCCAGACGGUACCUCCACGGCGACUUUUUGUUUUCGCGGUUUCUCCUCCUCUCCGCAUUCAUGCUGGUCGGGUUCGAUUGUUUGGCUUAUAAUCAUCUUCCGGUAGAUUCAUCUAGCACAACUAGCAGCAUCGAUAGUACAAUCAUCGGAGGCGGACUUAAUAUGGAAGACAGCUCGCAACCGACUGCGUCAACUACUACUACUCUGGGUUUUUCCCUGCUCUCCUACACGUCUAUCUUCCUGAUCGGAGCCUACAACGACCGGCGAGUAGUUGCCGAGAGCGCCACUUUCGUUUUCUUCGUCUACUGCGUCUCGGAGCUGUGUUUGUUUCUCGCGAUGACAAGCGACGGUUUUUACAAAAAAGACAACGGGCCGCUUCCCACGUUCGGUCGUGAGUCACCUUCAGACGUAGGAACAGUACACGGCGGUGACACGACAUUUUUGACGACAUCAUCAUCCUCAUUCCAAGCGGUCCUGCUCGUCCUUGCCGCAACCCUGAAGACCUCCCAGUUCCCCUUCACCGAGCUGUUCCCCCGCGCGAUGGAGGGGCCGUCGCCUUGCUCCGCGAUUGGGUAUGCGGUCUUUUCCGCCCAUUCUGGCCUUGUCCUGCUCAUCGAGCUGAAUGGUCUCUGGAUCAACAGCAAAGUGGCGGUUUUUCUACUGCUCCUCAUCGGAUCCGCAACGAUGUGCACGGCAACCGUCUCUGCGCGUCUCCGGGCCGACCGGAAGGGAUCACUCGGGUCUGCGAUCGCGGCCAGUGUCGGCGGACUGUACGUUGUACUUGCUGUAUUGGCAGCUGGGUUUCAUCAUCUUCUUGACCACGGAAAUGUUGAAAUGGCAGCAUCAAAAACUACUACCGGACCACGCACAGGAGGUGCACAAUAUCAAAUCUUGCACCCCUCCCCAACAUCCUCCUCGUUUGUUUUGUUCUUAGCCCUGGCUCACGCUACUUUCCGGUGUAUCCAGUUGCUAUCAAGUGCAAAAAUGUCUGGGUCUGGAAGAGUGCGCGACUUGUCACGCUGCUUUUCCAUGGCCCAUGAGGUCUGGAAUGCAGGACCUACCAUGACAGAUUCUGUGCGAUCUCUCUCAUGCCUAUCCUGCAUGAGAAACUCCCUCCCCACUUGGUCAAAACUGGACGACUUUUGGCAAUCAUACAACACAAAUUUUUGCAUGCUUCAGAUUUAGCAUGACAAGUUACCACCUUCCAGACCCAGAUAUUUUUACAUUUGAUAGUUGCUCCGGGCGCACAACAUCAUCCUCGAAUACCACCAGUGGCGUGCGGCCAUGGGCCGGGGAAGGCAGUUCGCGAAGUUGCAAAAUGAAAAUGAUGCACGAGCAGAUAGAGCAGCAGCAGCUGCAGCACUUGAUAAUCAAAAGGACGAUCAUGCUGAGAUGAAUUACUCCACCUCCUCCGCUGCCGACAGCAUCAUGCGGCCGACAUUUCUGCCUCUUUCCACCAGCUUCCGCUUCUACUGGCGUUGCGCGAAACGGGGUUGCGGUAGUGACGUCACAGAACUGGUGUUGAGCGGGGUAAUCGGGAACUUCUGUCGAGUGGUGAAAACUUGCGUGGUCGCUACUGUGGCUAUUUGCAACAGAAGUCAAACAGAAACAAGUCGAAGUACUAGACAAAACACACUGCAGCGGAGGUUCCUCCUCGCAAUGGAGGCGAUCCAAGAGCCGUGGCAGCGAAACCGAUUUCAGUGCCAGUAUGCUGCCGUCAUUAUUUUCCUUGUCCUCAUCGAAGUUUUGAAACGACAGAGCGCUGCAGCGUUUCUUGAUGAUACUACAACAACAUCAACUAUUGCAUCUGCAGCGCAUCACGUAUCAUCAACAUCUUCCGUGUCAACAUCAUCUUCCUCUCUUUCUGACAUAAUUUUUAAAAGCGGUGGUGGCGCUGUGCUACUUGUUUUGACCCAUAUUUUCAUCCCAGUAGUUCUGUUGCGAUUUGUGUUUACCCACGUCUUGCACGCGAGGAGAUUUCGGCAUAGCGAUAACGUCAGUGCACAAAAAUUGACACAGAUAAAAAGUGGUCGCUGAGCAACCGACGUCAAUUGUAGCGACAUGUUGACGACUACGAUUUCUUCCAUAUUAAUUUGUGUCCUUGUAGAGUCAAUUACACAGAGCAACAUAUGCAAAUCUCUCUUGGGAACCAAGAGCAUACUACACAAGCCGACCGCAGAGAAGUUUCUUGCACAUGGAUCCACCAAAUGUCUAAUGUCAUACUGCGCAUCACGUGAUGACGCGUCGACUGCCGACGUAUAAUUUGCAGAGGUCUCGAACAACUCAUGGAUGAUUUCGUAAUUUUUUUGAUUUGAGGAAAACGAAAACAAAAGCAAAAGCCCGAAGAUUUAUUUGAUUGGGCGGACGCUUUAUUGCAAAGACAUGACUCCUACACGACAUCAUUGUCAUACAUUCGUUUCAGAAGCUG